AAAUUUGGUAGUUUGACAUGACCAUUAACCGCAUGCCGCAGUUGAUUGACGCGAACUCACCACCCGCGGAGAGGACGCUCCCUAUGAUGCUGGCAGCUCUUCUGUUAUAGUGCUACAAUACGUCAUUACUAUACAACCGGGUGAUAUGCCCCAAUCCUGCAAGGCUAGCAACCCUAGUUGUGAGCACGUGCGCCAAUGGGCUCCUCUUGUUCAUCCCUCCGCACGCCGGUUUUUACAUCCUUGAAUUUAAGAGGGACCGAUAGCAAGCUAAAUAAGCAGCUAUCGCUUAGGCCGGGCCUCUUCUCAGCUCCUGUGCCAGGCGCCUUCCUUGGCCUCCAUGACACCGCCUUGCAUUUGGCUAGCGAGCAGCGCAAUUUACCGGCCGUCAAACAGCUUCUGGUCUUCUUGUCAUCAGCGGACCUAGACACCGCCCAAGCCGCGCUUCAGCCGUACUGCCGCCGCCUGAAGCUGCCGCUGCCCAGCAGCCCAGCGGAGGCAGUUCGACUGGCUGUCAACGCAGCUAACAACAAGGGCCAGACCCCGCUCAUGUACGCCUGCUAUGCGGGCUGCGCGGACAUUGUGAGGGAGCUCCUGGCGCAGGGCGCACACCCCUGGGUGGCGGACAACUGCGGAUAUCGCAACGCCCUCCAUUACGCAGCCAUGGCGGGCAGCACCGCGUGCAUCGAGGCGCUCAUGAGCGGCUCGCCGCCCAGCCUGCUUGUACGGCAGGGACAAAGGCUCGUUAACGCCCGCUCCCUCAGCGGUCUCACCCCCCUGCACUACGCCGUCGCCUUCAACCACACGCCCGCGGUCGCCGCGCUGCUGCUCCACGACCCCAACAUAAACGCGGGGUCCACGGGCGAGAGCUUCGACGUGUGGGUGACGUACGACACGCUGUCCACUCCGCUGCACUUUGCGGCCGUGAAAGACAACGUGGCAGCGUCGGCGCUGCUGCUGCGGCACUACCUCCGCCACCGGCGCAACGGCUCCCUGCUCGACCCCCGCCAGCGCGCCAACUCCGCCGGAAAACUGCCCUGGCAGCUCGCCCGCAGGCCGCUGCUGACGGCGCUGCUGCACCCCGGGAUGCAGCCGGCGGCGGCGCUGGCGAUGCCGCAGGUGGCGGCGGCGCUUCGAGCGUAUGUCGGCAAUGGCAACGGCGACGGCCCGGCGGCGGAGGGCGAGGAGGAUGAGGGCGAGGUGGGGCCGCCGACGCUGGCGGCGAUUGCGGCGGCGGCGUUACGGCAGAAGUUGUUGGCAUCGCUGGAGGCGAUUGAGCGGGAGUGUGUGGAGGAGGCGGAGGAGGAAGAGGAGGAGCGGGCGGAUGGCAGGGGGCGGCAGCGUUCCGGGCGGGGCAGCAGGAUCCUCUGCGGUGCCUCCUCCCGUCGCGGCGGCUUCGGUAGCACGUUGCCUCUCUCCUCCAGCAUAUCCCGACUAUCACGUCUGGCGUCCGGCCGCCUCAGCCGCCGCGGCACCGCCUCAGCCUCCAUGCAGCUCCCAGCCACGCCGCGGCAAGCACCCUCCCUGGAUCGGUUGGGAAGCCAUGCAAUGCCGUACGAUCUGGUUCCGGGUCUUAUCGCGCCUGAGGACUUUCUAGACGGUGCGGCGUCUCCGCAACCGCAGCAGCAGUUAUCGCCACAAUCGCGUUCAGCAGCUAGGUACGCUGCGGCGACGGCAACUCCAGCGGGAGGAGAGGGAGGAGAGUCGACGUUGGCGCCUUCCCCGCCACUGCGACCCACGGGUCGGACCAGUGCGGGCGGGGGCGUUACAGGGCCCACAUUGCAGGGCCGCAACAGUCAUCGCAUGCAGCGUUCAGCUGAGCGAGUGACGGUUGACGGCAUUACGCAACAACAUAACGGUAACAGUUCUCCUAGCAGGAGGACUGUACCGCACAACGGCAUGGCGCCCUCUUCAUCUGCAGCUGCUUUCGUGACACCGAACAUCGGAGGAGGUGGGCCCACCGGUUACCUUGGAAGCAGCGGUUUCCCCACCUCGCCCUUUUCCAAUAUCGCUGGAGGACCCAUUUUGCCCGGCGCAACUGCCUCCAACGGUUCGUCCCAUCGUAAGCGCUCCGCAUCCAUUUGCUGUGCUCCCAGCCUGGGGAGGGAGAUCGCUCCGGGGGGAGUGCAUGGGAACACGUGGGGGCACAUGGGUCGAAGCAACGGCGGCGGCGGCGGCGGCGGUGGUCAUCUAAGCACGACGUCCUCAAUCCCAGCUGGCGGCUCUCCGACUUCGUCAGAACGACUCUUCGCCGUACAUUGCGUUGGCGGCGGCGGCAGCACUGCCGUACGAUACGGCUCAAUGACGCCGCCGGCGGGUGCCUCGCCAACUCAUGGAAGCGGCAACGGCGGCGGCGGCGGCGGUGGAUACUAUAGCUCCACCGCCGCCGCUGCCGCCGCCGAGUCGCUUAGCGGCGCCGGCGCCGGCGUCGACCCAGCCCUUCCGUACCCGCCGAUUACCAACAUGUUUAGCCCCGCUGCUUCCUUGGCGGCUUUCGGAGGCGGCGGCGGCGGCGGCGGAUCCGCAUUCGCGGUCGUCAACGACGGCGACAUUGGCGGCAUUGGAUUGUACGGCAAUGGUGGCGCUGACGAUGACGUAUGCGGCGGCAGCAAUGAGGGAUGGGAGGACGACGGCAUCUGCAGCGUGUGUUUUGCUCGUCCCGAGGCCGCCGCCCCGGCCACGUGUCAUCACGGCAUCUGCAGCGUGUGUGCGGGGGAGCUGUGUCGUGCGGUGAGCAGCCGGCCGCUGCUGUGCCCCUUCUGCAGGCAGCCAGUCACGGACUUUGUGCGCGUGGCGGCGCCGGCGGGAGGAGCUGCAGCACGGGCAGCAAGCGGCAGGCGCGACAGGGGGAGGGGCCGGCAGCAAUCGCGGUCAUAGCAACAGAAAACAUCCAAAACGGUGCAUGACUGACCUUGUAUAACGGCCAUUCAGGCUUAGGUCAUGGGUACCGGUAUGUCAUUUGUCCACCGGACCUGCAAUACACAGCAGCACUCAAUCCUUUAGUCCGGGUAAUGGAGGUACCGGUGCUCCUCAACUCAUGCCGAGGCGGGACAUGGGUCAACGAAGCGCCUGGUUACGAACACUACAGACGUUUACAACACAUGUGUGUUGGUAUGUGUCGGUGUGUGUUAUGCAACGUAAACUGGUAACCUGGCGACCUUCACUGAACAUUCACAGCAGGAGCUGUUAAUGGUAAUAGGUGGUGGUGAUGGUGGUGGUGGUGGUGGCAGACGAGAUGAACUUAAUGCCGCCGCUGCUGUGGCACGUAUUGUACGGCAAGAGUCCUGACGAUGCCGUACAUAUGCCGCACCAAGGAGGCUGCCGACGUUCUGACGUUUGACCGUGCGUUGACCCGGACACAAGGCCCAAAGGGGCAUCGUGCGCUUGGGCAACAGCAUGCAUCGGCUAAACGGUAACCUUUGGCGCACGAGGAAGCCUAGGAGGAGGGGGGUUUGCCACUGCGUUGCCUCUUCCCCCGGCGGCACUCAUCUCCCCUGGGCCAGCCACGGUCAUGUACCGGUAUAUUGUGAGGUUUAUGACCCUGAUCGUGCAACAGUGGUAACGGAUUUGAAAUUGCCCGCUCUGUCUUCAAGGCUCCCGGUAACGCGGGGCAAUUAUGGCAAGAAACUGCUCGCAGCCACAAGCCGGGCAACUGGGCCCGUAUUUCGUCUUGUGUGGCUGAUUGUGUUCAUAGCGAAGGCUUUUUGAGCGAAACAAAUACGCACCGGCAUACUGUGAAAGGGCUGUUCUUCUCAUGAAAGAUGCAAAACUGGGAGAAGAAGGAGAACAUUAGUAUGUUC